CAGAAUUAAGAGUCUUAUGUUAUUUCACUGUAGAAAGCAGACUUCUCCAAAGUGUUCGUGAAUGAGGAAGGAGCUUCUACCAUGGCUGCCGAGCUGGAUUUCUCCCCCCCUGAAGUUCCAGAGCCAACAUUCAUGGAGAAUGUGCUGCGAUACGGACUUUUUUUUGGAGCCAUUUUCCAGCUGAUCUGUGUAUUGGCCAUAAUCCUCCCAAUUUCAAAGUCUCAUAAGACAGACUCUGACUGUUUUGAGUCUAAAAGUUCAGAGGUGGUGAAGAAGCCGAAGAUGGUUGCUCCACAGCUGAGCAAGAAACCCAAAAAGGAAACUAAGAAGAAGAGGUAAAAGGCCUCGUAAAGGAACCUUAAAGACAAGUGGACUGCACACAGCCAGAUGGUUAAUUUAACUGUCCUGGUUAGCAUGAAUCAUCUCACCUCUGAUGGGGAAGGACAGCUUAUACUUUCCUUUCCUCCAUGCUGGUCAGGAUGUAAAAUGAAAGCGUGGAAUGGGAGGCGUGUGUUGUGCCACUGAAGAUACUUUUUUCUAAGUUCUUUUAAAGACAGAUGGAUCGAAUGAAUCAAAGACAUCAUACUGCCCA